CUCUGUCUGUCAUUGCUCGUGCUCUCGAAUAGGCUGUCGGGAGCUCAACAAAGCGCCGGCUGUGAGACGUCCGUGCCAAGCAGCAGCAGCGCGAGGAGGUGGUCGGUGAGAUGGUCUGACAAAAGAAAGAUGCUCGCGUUUAACGGAGCCGUUUAGUGCAUCAGUGCGGCCGCCACAUCCGUGUUGAAAGGCAGUCUGCACGUACGAUCAAAACGGGUUUUCCCUACUACCGCAGUCGCUGCAUACGGGCGAUUCCAGUCGGUUUUCGGAGGUUAACGGGUGAGUGACGGCCAAAACAGGCCGGUGUGUCAGCGAAAACGGCAUCAGAAACAACGUCAGCGCGAGGCAGUGGGAGACGGCUCUCUGCACGGUGGGAGUGUUUACUUAACGAAUAACGGAGACAGAGACCGCAGAGUAGCGGUAGCUGCUGCCGUGAGCCGGUGACUUGUCAGCGGAGAUCUGGAGCCUGAUGCUCCGCGCGGACAGGAUGGACGAGUUUGAGACCGUGGAGGACGAGCCGUGGUACGACCAGCGAGAUCUGGAACAGGACCUGCAUCUGGCUGCUGAGCUGGGGAAGACGCUCCUGGAGAGGAACAAGGAGCUGGAGGAUGCUCUGCAGCAGAUGUACAUCAACAAUGAGGAGCAGGUGCAGGAGAUCGAGUACCUGUCCAAACAGGUGGAGAUGCUGCGUGAGAUGAACGAGCAGCACGCUAAGGUGUACGAGCAGCUGGACGUCACGGCUAGAGAGCUGGAGAUCACCAACGAGAAACUGGUGCUGGAGAGCAAGGCCUCGCAGCAGAAGAUCGACCGUCUGACGGGUACCAUGGAGACGCUGCAGUCUCAGGUGGACGCUCUGACGGGUCGUGUGGAGGAGCUCCGAUCUCUGGAGGAACUCCGGGUCAGACGCGAGAAGAAGGAACGACGCAAGACUGUCCACUCUUUCCCCUGCCUAAAGGAGCUGUGCACUGCCCCCAGAUACGAGGACGGGUUCCUGGUGGCUCCGGCGGGCAGCGUGGACCUGGUGUCGGAGCGGCGGCCGCUGGACCAGGAGAACGAGCGUCUGCGUGGCACGGUGACGUCCCUGCGGGCACUGCUGGGCGGCGAGCGCGGGCGGCGUGAGGACGCGGAGAGGGAGUGCACCACCGUGCUGCAGGAGUUCCAGAGGCUGGAGCAGCGCCUCCUAGGGGCCGAGGGCUGUGCGCUACGCGUGCAGGAGUUAGAGGCAGAGCUUCAGGAGAUGCAGCAGUUGCGUAAGUCCCGCCUCUGCCUGCUGGGCCUAUCAGGAAGCAGCAUGGAGGAGGAGCCACUGGAACACACCCUGCUCAACUCCGCCCCGAGGGCGGUGCGCCCGAAGACACCACCGCCCGCGCAGAUGCCUUGGCCAGCGGCGGCGACCAGGGCAAGGGGCUCGGCGCGUCCGCCGGGCGGUCAGUGGUGGGGCGUAUGAUCCAGGUAGAGCUGCAGCGACACGGCUCUGAACGCCAUCUCGGCGAGGGACGCGUGCGGCCGGCGCCAGGGCAGCUACGCGCUCCACGCCAACGGCGUGCGCAAGCGCGGCAUGUCCAUCCUGCGGGAGGUGGACGAGCAGUACCACGCGCUGUUAGAGAAGUACGAAGAGUUGCUGGGCAAGUGCCGGCGCCACGAGGAGAGCCUGUGCCACGCCGAGGUCCAGACCUCGCGCCCCGUCUCCCGCGACCCCUCCAUGCGCGAGUGCUGCCCCGACCCCCCGCAGGUCCUGCCCCCCCGCCCCCCCAGCCCCCCCCAGACGCCGUCCACCCCCGAGGCCCUGGAGGGCAUCAGCCGGCAGGUGGAGGCGGUGGACAAGCGUCUGGGCCAGAACACGCCCGAGUACAAGACCCUGUUCAAGGAGAUCUUCUCCCGCCUGCAGAAGACCAAGAGUGACCUCAACACCACCAGCAGCGGCGGCGGCGGCGCCGGCAGCAGCAAGGGACGCAAGGCUAGCAAGUGACUGAGAUGCUAGCACUCACACACACUUCAAACACACACACACACUCUACAAAUACACACGUCAUGCAUAUACACACACAGCAGCAGUAAGGGAUGCAAGGCUAGCAAGUGACCGAGAUGCUAGCACACACACACACACACACACACCUCACAUACACACCUCACAUACACACACAACUGACACACACACACAACUGACAUGCAGUACAGCUGUUGUACAACACCACCAUGCAAGUGCAAGUAACACAUGUAUACACACACACACUACAAAUACAAACGUCAUGCAUAUACACACACUACAAAUACACAUAUGCACACACACACCUGACAUGCAGUACAGCUUGUAUACAACAGCACCGCCAAGGCCAGCACGGGACUCAUACACUAGCACACACACACACACACACACCACACAUACAAAACUCCGGCCAAGGCCAGGAAGGCCUGCACGUGACUCCAUCUUCCUCUCUUGCUCUACUAAAACUGUUUUAGCGUUUUUAAAAUCAUUAUUUUUAUUUUCAUCACUGUGUAUAUUGAUUUAGCCUUAUAAAAUGUUCUCUUAAUGUUCUCUUGAUGUUUAUCAGACGUCGACGUGACGGGAAUGAUUUCUGUUGUCUCAUUGACUGUAAUUAGCCUAGCCUAGCGCUAACAGGUGUUUGCCUGUGUACCCCAGCGGUAGAGAUGCUAGCGCUAACAGGCUCUUGUCUGCGUACCCCAGCGGUAGAGAUGCUAGUGGUAACAGGCUCUUGCCUGCGUACCUAGCCGUGGAGAGGCUGACGCUAACAGACUCUUGCCUGCGUACCCCAGCGGUAGAGAGGCUAGUGCUAACAGGCUCUUGCCUGCGUACCCCAGUAGUGGAGAGGCUAGCAGUAACAGGCGUCAGCCUCUUGCCUGCGUAUCCCAGCGGUGGAUGCACUAACAGGCAUCACCUGUCAGCGGUGGCAGCGCUGCCUGGAAGACGACAUUGGGGGCAUAAAACACCAUCAAGCCGGCAGCCUCUUGCCUGCGUACCCCAGUAGUGGAGAUGCUAGCGCUAACAGACUCUUGCCUGCGUACCCCAGCGGUAGAGAGGCUAGCGCUAACAGGCGUAAGCCUCUUACCUGCAUACCCUAGCGGUGGAGAUCUUUGGCUGUGCCAACCGCAUUGACCAGUCGGUCAUCUGUUAGGUCCUCUGUUGUCUUAAGGUAACUUGAUUGCCCUCAGGGUCUCUGAAUUGACGAUGAUGAUGAUGAUGAUGCACUCGGGUCAUGUGUGUGAGGUGUGUACGUGCUGAUCACCUCAGGAUAAAACCUGAACGCUACCUGAGCUAAAGCUCACCUGUGCUUACACUGGACACGAGAAGACUUAACGCAGGUACUUUACACGCUAGUGUCACCUGAACUCAGGUAAUCCGCUGCCUAGGCUUACCUUUCCCAAUUUGCAAGAAAGGAGAACUCAACACGCUAGCUCACCUGAGAAGCAUCAAUCAGAGAGAAUUCACUCAGAUGUGAUUACCUGUGCACAAGUGAUUCAGAUAAG